AUGGCUAGCACUGACAGCACCACCACUUCUGGAAGGGUAUUUGCACCGCCAAUUUGGAGAUCCAAUCAGUCAAAAUCUCAGGAAGAGAAUGUUGCAAGCUUUCGUGUGUAUGUGACGGAUAUGACGAAGAAGAUGAACAGUCACCUUGAAUUUUUGGAAAAAGGAAUUUCAAGAGUGGAGAAAGGGAAAAAAGAAAAAGACGAGUCAGAAGAGGUGGAGGAGGAUACUUCAGAAGAAGAGGAUACGGAGGAAGAUGAGGAGACUGAUGAGAAUGCUGAAAGCGAUCUGAAUUCCGAUUCCGAAACUCGUAGUGAGGAAAAGAAUGUUGUAGAGUCAGAUGCAUCAUUCGAGUCAGAGAGUUAUGACUACGACGAUGAUGAUGAUGAUAGUGAUGCAAAGUCUGACUCUGGAAAUUAUCAUGAAGCAAAUGAAGAAACAAGCAAAGACUCUUCCAUGUUUGCUAUGAAAAUUCCUGAUUAA